GCUCCGUGGCCGAGCUCCCGCAGCUCCUAGGAGGAAUGGAUGUGAACUUGGUCACUGUUUUGGCUAUUCUAGCAGUCGCAGUUAGUCAGACGUCUGAGACUUUGUUUCCUGGGGCCUUUAACUGUUGCACAAAAAUUUCAGAUGAAAUUCCCAAAGGAAUCCUCCGAAGAGUGGAGAAGUUUGAAAUCCAGAAAGGAGAUGGCCUGUGUCACCUAGAAGCUGUUAUUCUCUACAUAGAAGGCAGAAAGUUCUGUGUGAGCCCACGGAUUAGAAAAGUUAAAAAAUGGAUGAAGAAGAAUAAGCACAAGUUUCCCAGAAGAAAAAUUCCUGGUAGAAAGCACAGAAGAAUUAUUAAAAAGAACAGAAACGGGAAUACGAUGAAGCAAGCCCCGUGAUGAAGACACCUCUGGCAUGUGGCAUAUUGCACUGCAAACAAAGAUACCAGACUUCAUCAGCGAUGGAUGAUAUCAUCAUUAAAAUGACUUUUCAAAAUGUCUAUGUGCUAGAGAAAGCAGUGGCAGAAAACACCACCUGUACACAAGAAUGGUACCAGUGAGAUCACUAGCCAAAUGACAAGGUGGUCCUGACAAUGUCUUGUAGCAAGUGCUCACUGUACCUCCUAAAUCUAUUGAUAAACUUAAAUCCUCCUCUCUCUCUCCCUGCUUUCAUGGUAGCCUCCCCUGUGAUUUCUAUUUUAACAUGCCAGUAUGCAGUUCCUUCUCAAUAAUCCAUUUUCCCAGUCCCAUCCAUGAUCCUUACUCUUCCUUGUCUGUCUUUGUGCUGUUGCCUGUUUUGCUUCUAUUCUUACAGUCAUUAAUCCUUUUUAUUUUCUUUCUUCUUACAUAAUUUUACAGAUACCUUUCCAGAUACUAGUUCAGUUUAAGUUGACCAAAACCAUGUAUCUUUUACUUAUUCCAAACAAUCCCUGCUCCCAGCUGUUACUAUCAUGACAUACCAUUUCAGUGAUAAUAACUGAGCCUGUUCAUCAGGCUCAAAGUGUGGCAGCCAAAACUAUGUAAUAAAGAUAAUUAUUGCUUUUGUUCAUUAAAUUCCCUGCUCAAAUCCUUCAGCUGGAUGCUUCCUAUGCUCUUUGCUGAAUUUCUCAUCAUUAGCAUCGAGGAUUGCACGUGUGCAUCAAGGCCUUUCUUUGAAGACUAAUGAUGAUGCCAAGUCUGGCUGCUUGCUCCAUAGCCUCCCUCCCACUGCAUGGCAUUGCCUUCUCCCAUGUGGCACAGUCUUCAAUUCCCUCCCUCCUUCCUUGGAAACUUCAAACUAAUUUAAUAUUUCCAUAAAAUCAUCCUAGUCAAAGGCACUUUUCCUCAGAGACAUGUACACGGAAAGCAGCAAAUUAGAAAAAAAGAAAGUUUUUUAAAAGAGCACCAUAGAAUGAAUACUUUAAAUAUUUA